UCAGGCAGAAGGAGGAAACAGACUUCGACAGCUAAGAUGGCGGAGGAGCAGCAGGAAUCAUCACAGGGAGAGAUGGAGGGUGAGAGAAACCGUUACAGCACGAACUCGGCAAACGAACCUGCCUUAUCUCUGUAGCUGAAGCCCACAUCCACGCGUGGUUAUGCUCCUUGCUUUAGCCCGUGUCUUCUCCGAUGUUACGGUGGCUGACACGGCGGUGAGGGGGAGACAGAGGCCACAGCUUGUUGGCUAACGCUGGUUAGCUCCUCGUCGCUACACAAAGAAAAAAAAAAGCUUGUUGAGUAACUAAAAGAGUAAACAGUAAAUGACAGUCCCGGGACUUUUAACAUAAGAAAGGUAUUGAGAGCGCUGGCUUAUUAUUUACGACAGGACCCCCCCUGCUAGUAAGAAAACGAGCUUAUUCGUCGUGACAUGAAUUUGUUUAGUUUUCGCAGCUCGCAGAGUUCAGCAGACUGACGGUGGUUGAGCGUGUUUUUUGUGAACUACUGUUUUUAGAUUGAGUAUAAGUGGUUGCAGAUAUGAAAUAAACAAAUAAAUAAAUAUAAGUAUUAGAUGUAGAUGACUUUUACAUGCUUAAAAAUAUUCAAAAUUCAACCCCUUCUCUCUUGUUGUCCAGCCAUAAUGUUACGCUAGUCAGUGCAAUAACAUGUUCCUUUUAUGUGUAGAGCAUUAAAAAAACCCAGCACUUUAUUUUGAAAGUAAAGCUGAAAACAUUAGGUAAGCAAGAUUUAUCGAAGCUCAGCCAGAUCCUUUUUUACACCUACCUGGUUUCUGCAGAUAAAUCUAUACAGUCACAAACAAACAGACUACAUGCAGAACAAGCCAUAGUAUGGUACUUUCUGUUCCGAUGUAGUGAACAUUGAAAAAGUCAGAAGUCUUACUGACAUCAUGCAUUGUAUUGUUUCCAAUGGAAAGUGCUGGGUCUUGUCACACAUGUAAAUGCAGCUGUUUGAAAAACAAAACGUGCAUCAUAAAUCUGCACACUUACCUUCCUUUAUUUUGCACAACUAGGUCUGAAAUCAUUAAUUCCACUAUUGUUUACCAUUGAAUUCUGACAGUCUUGACUGAUUGGCCUAUUGCAUUAUAUCACAUUAUACAUGGGAACUGUGUAUUUCAAAUGUUUGCUUUGCAUCUGUGCUGUUUUGGUGACAGUAAACAGAUGCUGCAAUUCUUCUUUUUCUAUCAUUAUUCUUUCCCGUGUUUGAUUUGAAUUUAUUCUGUAAGUUACCAACCAGUACAACCAAACUGAUCUCUCUCUCUCUAAAAUGCAGUCCUCAAUGAAACAUGAUAUAUAACUUACACUGAAGCAUACAGUACAAUACCUGUAAAGGCUAAGUUUACUGGAGUACUCUAAUCUCUUCUGUCCAAGAUCAUCAUGUAACCUGUUUGAUUGGUUUGGUAUCUAAAACCAGAUCUUGUUGUUUCAAAUGAUGAAGUCCUGAUCAGUUGUCUUAAAAAACAAAGUGGAUUGAUGUUGUUGUUGCUAUUGUAAUCCAGUUGGUUUUGCAUGUUUGUGCACUAAAGGACACGAUGUUGCUUUAAUUCCACAGUAUGUUUAAUAUUUAAUUAUUUUAUUAUGAAGGACAUACAAUCUGCUAAAUUCAGAAUGCUUAGUUACACCACGUUACUUGCAGGUAUGAAUUCUGCAGUCAAUAAUAAUCAGUGAAAGCUAACGUAAAUGAUCUUGGUGAGAUGAUGCGCUCAAAUGCAGAUCACUGAUGGAGAAAAAAAGGUUUAGAUCAGCCCUCAAACGAAAUCUCUAAUUAACCUGUAAGAGUUGGUCAACCUUUAGUGUUUGAAUAUUUUUAUUUCUAAACAGAAUCUGACUCUGUCUUUGCGUUUACUACCUUUGCAAUGCACAGACAGACUCCACCGCUCCAUUACAGACUGAAGUGCACUCUGCCAAUCACACACACACACACACACACACACACACACACACACACACACACGCUGAGGACUGUCAGGCUGUCAGACUUUUGAAUUGUCUGCUUCGUAUUUUGCACUUAGCGUGCGCAGCUUAUUGAUGUGGUACACACACUAUGUAGGAGACAUCCUGUUUGUUCAGCCUAUAGUCUGCAUCAGAGCUCUUGUUUGGUGCAUUUUAAAUGACGUUGAUAUGUGUGGACCAAAAAAAAAAGUGACGAUACGACAAUCUCCUGGAUUUGCACAUUGCUCUAUUCGGAUAUUGUCUGAUUGCACGCACACUUUGAUGUUAUGUCAAACACGAGUAACAGCAGACAUUUACCACGUUGGUAUCUGUACAUUUGUGCAUUUCAUUUCAUUUGUACAUUUCAAAGAGGGAUAUUUUCACCCAUCUCUCUGCCUCUGGUCCUCCCACGUAGGUAGCAUCAGGGGGGAAACAGGCGGCAAUGUGUAUCUGCGUUCAGAGCCAUGUGUAUGUGCAUGUCUGAGUGUUUAUGAGAGGCUCCUGCUGGGUGUUCACAAGCAUGUGCAUCUAUAUAAUGCAGUGUCAUGUCAAACUUGGACACCAGUAAUUUAACUUCAUAUAUGUUGAGGUGCAUUGUGUGUGUGUGUGUGUGUGUGUGUGUGUGUGUGUGUGUGUGUGUGUGUGUGUGUGUGUAGAAAGGCGCAAUGAUGGCAGGACUGUGUUUCAGCACUUCUGUAGAAUUGAGGUGUGUAAAAAUCUUCUAGCUCAUUUGAAAGAACAAAAAAUAGAUAAAAAUCAUACAAAAAAGUUGAUACCAGAAUUUGCUAUUGGUCAGGUUAUUUCUAACAUCAAUCUGGUAUUGGCCCUGGUUUUCACAGUCUACUUGUCUAUACAGUGAUAUAGAAGUAGCGCCAUCUUUUAAUAGCUGGUUCUCAGUGAGGGCCUCAGCCUGAUGAAGGCUUUUAGAUACAGAUGCCUCAUAUUCUAUUAACCUCUCACCUAUUUCUUUAAUGAGAAGGGUUGUACACAACCUGACAUGACUACAGGCUCUACUGUUAUGGCCACAUAUCAGACCACAAGUUGAGUAUUUAGUCCUGAAGCUUAAUUAAUCCCUUCUUCUUGUCUUUCAGGAGUGAACUGCCUUGCGUAUGAUGAGGCCAUAAUCGCUCAACAAGACAGAAUUCAGCAGGAGGUGAGAAAUCAGUGCUUAGAGGCGGAGGCUGUCUGGUUUGUUUGAGAAGAUAAACAAAGGUGGCCUCUGCUUAUCAGGCUCAGAAAAAAAAACAAAAAACGACUGAAAGUGGAAGUUUGAGAUAUUUUUUUAACGUGAUUAGAAACCUAGAGAGCUGCAUGGCUGUGUGGGCUAAACUGAACUCCUUGUUUUUCUUCAUGGCCUUAAGUCUUUUUUAUGAAAAUGUAACCAGAAAUGUUCACGUGGACUUGUGAUAGAUAUGAAAAUUGUCUUUGCUUUAUGCAGAUAUGCAAAGCUAUUUUUAGCGGUUAAAAUCAUAACCCAUGUGGUGACCUCAAGCACAGCCCCCAGACCCUCAAGGGCAGUCACCAGUGAGUUAAGCUGCCUUUGGUUCAUGCACUAAUUUUUGUCUUUGUGGGUGUCUAGAUAGCCAACAGUAACCCUUUAGUGUCGGACAGACAGGACCUGUCCGUCCUGCAGAGGGAGUACGCUGACGAUGACACAGUUUAUCAGCUCAAGAUCAAGGUCAGUCAAACCGCACAACCUGCUAUCACAUUUCUGCUUCCACAUCAGGGUGCACACACUCCACACUCCGCAGUUUCCUGCCAUCCAAGACCACAGAUAAAACUGUCACUGUCUCACUUUCUCAGAUACAGUUUCUGCAUUUGAUUGAAGUUUUGACUGUUAUUUGUUGUGUUGUUACAGGACCUAUACAAAAAAUACUCAUACAUUCGAAAGACACGACCAGAUGGGAACUGUUUCUACAGAGCCUUUGGUUUUGCACAUCUCGAAUCCCUGCUAGAUGACAGCAAAGAGCUUCAGAAGUGGGUGUCACUGUCUUAUAUGUGAAAUACAUAUAAACAUGAGUCAGAGAGAAAUGAUACUGUACAUGAAGCAAACUAUAAAGUAGGUAUCAGCCAGUGCUUUCCAACCCUGACCCUGAUCUGAUGUUGAAUAUUUAUGAGAUUUUACCAUGGCGACAUUUAAAGCUUUUACGGUUGUUUAAUUUCAGUUUGAAAAUUGGUCCAACUUGGUAAGAAUUUAAGCAGCCCAAGAAAGUUACAGACCAGUGCCUUUGAGUAAACAGGUGCUUAUUAGCUAAUCAAGCCCUUUACCAAGUGUUGCAAGUAAGACCAGCUGAGGACAAGGAGGGAGGGGGAGAGAAAAUAAGCCCAAUCCCCACAGGCUGUUCAAACCAGUAUGCUUCUGGUGUUUUGAUAUGGUGAGACAUGAUGAAAGUUGUAAUGUCAAACCCAAUUAUAAGACUUUAUAGUCGUCACACCCCCUAAAAUCGGAAAACACAGAAAUUAAACGAAUUAAUACCCAGUAUAAUCAAUGCAUCAAGUUCAUCAAGUUGAUACAGUGCUGCCUUAUCGCUGACUUAAGUUACCUGAGCCCAGGUUGAAAAUUCAGACAUGCCAGUCUGGAGCCCACUGUUACUGUCACCUAUUAAAAGUAAUGCUGCAUUCCAGUUACCUUGGAAGUCAGAUGUCAGAGCUGGGGAAACGUCGGAAAAACCAAGAUGAACACCUACUGUUAGCAGUUGUUAGCUGUUGUUAAUAAUUGUCAGUUUUUGUUCGCGGAACACCAUAGCACCGUGUUCACAGUUAGAUGUUGGGAAGUACAACAUGUACCACUUAUUUAAUCUCACAAAAACAUAGUGUGCUAAUAAGUAAUACAUUACGAGAGCUUUCACUGUUACUAUCUACUGUUGAUGCACUGCGCUGCCAUCUUGGAUUAUGACGUUGUCAUCAAGACUUUCCCAGUCGGAAUUCUGACUUCAGGGGAGCGUUCCAGGUGAAUUUCCAACUUGGUGCUUGGAAAUCCCAAAUUCCGAGUACAACUGGAAUGCAACAUUAAUGUUAGAGGGGGGAAAAGAUUAGCAGGUGUAACAUCAAUAUUUUAUUUAUAUUAGAUAAAUACAUGAUUAUUUUGUGGUAAAUUUUUUGGAUAAGACUGAUUGGUUUUGAAGUAAAGAUAAUAAACAAUGGUUGAAAAGAAAAGGUGUAUAACUCCAAAUACAUAAUUUUAUUUCUGUUUUUAUUUUAAUUAUCGCGGCAUUGCUGGUUAAUUUAAUGUGCAUUUUUUUCCCCUCCAGGUUCAAAGCAGUUGCAUCCAAAAGUAAACUGGACUUGGUUAACGAGGGCUUCACUGAGUUUACCAUUGAAGACUUCCACAAUACCGUAAGUGUCCUGCAUUAACAGGAAAUACAGUAAUGCUGAAAAUCAGCAUCACACAGGCAGCAAAUAGAGGAACAUUAUCCUGUUAUUUACCAUCCUGAGCAGCAUUUGAUGUUUUAUUUGUCUGAUUGUAAACAUAAACAGUGUCCUCUUAAGCUCAACAUCCUGUUAUAUCCUGCAGUAAGUAGCUGUUUAAAUCUUGUUAUAGCAGUUAACUGUAUUUGCUUGUAUCCCUGCCAGUCCAAAGUGCUAAUCUGCCAAAAACACGAUGUAUUUGGUCAGCUAGAGCAGCCAAAAAAGGAGCGCGAUUUGGCCAGUUGCGUAGUAAGUUGGCAGGCUUUUUAUGUACAUAUCAAUCGAAUGAUGUAAAUGAUGUCUCUCCUCCAAGUUCAUGGACCUGAUUGAACUGUGUGAGAAACAGCCGAACCUACAGGAGCUGCUGAACUCCUUCAACGACCAGAACGUGUCAGACUACGUGGUGGUGUACCUGCGGCUGCUCACCUCAGGCUACCUGCAGCGAGAGCACAGCUUUUUCCAGCACUUCAUAGAGGGAGGGCGCUCGGUCAAGGAAUUCUGUCAGCAGGUGGGUUUGUUAAGCUUUCAGUUUGAUGGAUUUGUAAUGAACUUCUCAUUCCCUGGAAACAUUUUGAGGUCCCAAAACCCUUCUCCUUCAAAGGUAAUGCUUUUUAAAUAAAAGAUAAUCACCAUCUGCUCAAGUGUUUGUGAACCUGGAAGGUUAGUUUAAAGAACAUUCCCUUACAUUUUUAUUCACUAGAUGAGUCUGCAGGUAUUAUGUUUCUAAAUCAGUGCAGAGUUAGCUGUCUCAUAAUUCUUUCACAAUUUAGUUUCAAACUCUCAAAGAAGGUUUCAGGGGCUAGGGCCAUAUUUAUUUUACUUGUUUAGAUACAUCUUCUUGAUUUGCCUAUUUUUGUAAAUGUUAAUGAAGUGUGAGAUUAUAGGUGGGAAGUCUGCUUUUCAGAAGGUGAAGUAGAUCCACAAGUCAUUUCUGUAACUUGUUUUUGUUGAGAACCGCACACCACAACAGGAAAAAGUAAGGUAUUCACAUCCCCCAAAACAGGGGAAGCUGCAGCUGCUCUUUGAAGCGGUGUGGCCUCUCUGACUUUUUUGUUUUGGUCACAGUAAGCACACAAUUCUUCUUAAUCAGGAGUCGGCCACUUCUUAAAGGGUUAAUUUGACAUGCGAAAUGUCUUAGGAUUGCAGUGUCACAUACCUUGAAUACACAAGCCAGCCGAAAGGAUACAGUCGUAAUGAUUGGAAGAAAUUAGAAAUACUCUGGGAUUUUAGUUCGUAAUCUAGAUAUGCAUUUUCAGAAUCAGUUGGAGGUGGAGUGUAUAGGAUUGAGCGGCUUGUAGCAUGAAGCUGCAGCUCUGAGCUGCUGCAGGAAAUGCACAGGUUGGAUUCACCUACAUUUUUGAUGGUUAAAACUUCUCAAACAAGGGAUCAUACUUCUCACGCAUCACAGAAGCUUCUGGUAUUUGAAGACUGUGGUCACAUGUAAGUUUCAAUCUUGGCCCCGACAGCUGGAUAUCAGAUAAAAAUCUCAAAGCAGUUGUAAGUGGCUGCGCUUUCACUUUUACUUUCUCAUAGUCAAAAACAGGAAAAAAAACAAGUCUUUUCUAUUAUUCAGAUAGAGUCCCACUCUAGAAUGUCACCAUGGAUCACAUCACUCAAGGGUUGCUUGUGUCACAGUUUGGAGUCAGUAAGAAAGUUAAUGGAUCAGAUUUUUUUAUUCCAUCAAGCAUGAGCAGUUGUAUCAACCUGUCCCUUUAAUGUAGGACCUUUUAAAUAAUACGACUAUUACAGAAGAUGCAGUACACAUGCCUGUAUGACCCACUUUACUAAAACAGUUCCUCCUGGUUAUUACGAGUGCGGCACUCGAGGAAAUAAGGUUUUUGUACAGCAGCUUUGGCGGUGUAGACACAAAAUAAGUCUUUUCAUUUUGGAGAUGCACAGUAUGUGUUUGCACAGGUUGCAUCUGUAGGGCUCAUGUAAUGUGAGUCAAUCAGAAUAAAGUGUGAGCUCUCUCUUUGGACUGUAUCUUUGUUCUUACACACAGUACAGCGAUGUUAUACUGAACUUUAUGAAACAUGGGUGAAUAAACAGCCGCAGACUACAGCAGGCUGUGGGAUAGAGUUACAAACCAUGAGAAACCUGUCGUUAUUAAGACCAACUCCUGCUGGUCCUGACACAUAAGUGCUGACUCUGGGAUCAAGACCCCGAAGUGGAGGCCCUGUUUGACACACAGCAGGAAAUAUACAGAGAAAAGUAACACUGUGGGACUAAUAGAUCGAAACAGGGUUGCAAACUUCAUCCACAAGAAAAAGACAAAGCCUUUAAGUUUGUUGAGUAAGUCUCUGUUGUGGCUCAUGCACAGCUCCAUCUCUUCCGUAAUGCUUGAUGAAGCAUUGCAAAGAGGUCAGAUAUUCUCAGACAGGAAUGUCUGAGAAUAUUUGACCUGAAUUUUGAACCUCCAGGUGUGACUGAAGCUGUUAUUGGGAUGUUUUCUAUUCUCUCAAAUUUCUGUUAAUGUUCAGUCAUUUCAUGGAUGCAGGAUCUUUUGAAGCUACAGCACACAGCCUUUCUUUCUCAGUGAGAGAUUUAACAGUCUUUAUAUCAGCAGCUUUACAAAUGGAGCAAAUGCUUGUUUGGAUGGUGGCCCUGAGGAUCAAAUUCAAAACUCCUUCAUGUAAAACAUGUAAAUAUUUUUUAAAAAUCUAUUUUUAAUUGUAUUUUUUUCUGGGGUCUUGUAAAAUGAUUUUGUUUCAGGAGGUAUUUUUGCAAAUUUUGACAAAAAUGUUUUUUAGAAUGAUGUGUUCCUCUACAUAGUUUUCAAUAUUUUUUGCUGAUUUCCAAAUGUCUGAGCUCCCUUAAAAAUGUUUACUUUUUUAAAAAAUUUCUACAUGUUGUGAUAUGUUUUUGUGUGUGUAGAAAUAUAUUUAAUUUUAUAUUUGAUAUCAUUUUGCCCCCUCAAUUGUUUUUUUCUUGAAAUGUUCCCGUGUUUUAUCGAAUAUUUGUGGAAUUUUUUUUACGUUGAUUUGUUUUUUGAAAUGUGUUUUCUUUUCAUGACAAAUUUUUUCUUUUUUUUUUUGUUUUGUGAUUUAUUUUCAUGCGACAACAAAUUUUAGUUUUUUUAAAUAUAAAAACAUUUUUUUUGCAAUUCAGAAAUUAUUCAUCAUAUUUUGAAUUAUUCUUAUUGAAUCAUUGUAAGAAAUAUUUUUUUCCACAGUAAAUAUCAUCAAUAGUAUGUUUUUAAAUGAUUGUGUAUUUUAUAAAUAUGUUGUUUGUGAUCAUUUUCUCAGUUUGUUGAAAACCUCAGUAUAUUUCCUCUCAGUUGUGUUUCAUGAAGUAUUUGUUUAUUUUAAAAUAUUACCUCAAAAAAAGAAGAAAAAAAACUUGAGUAUGUGAAAGUAUUGCAUUUGAUAAAAUAUUGUUAAAAUAAGUGUGAUGUGUUUUUUGGUGUGUUAUAAAAUAUUGUGGGUUUUGAAAUGUUUUAUACUGUUUUAUACUAUACUCUAUCUGGGAAUUGUUUUUCUUCAUGAAAUGUUCAGACAGUUGAACUUGAGGGCCACCUUUGAUUACAUAUACACAUGAGCACUUUGGUUGAUUAAAUGAAAUGUUCAAAAUGUUUGUCAUCCAACCACUAAACUUGUUCUGGUCAAACUUGUGCUUGAUACGCUCUUUUUCUGUCCUUUCAAGGAGGUCGAGCCCAUGUCUAAAGAAAGUGACCACAUUCACAUCAUCGCCUUAGCCCAGGCCCUAAACGUUUCCAUCCUGGUGGAGUACAUGGACAGAGGAGAGGGAGGAACUGUCAAUCACCACGUCUUCCCUGAAGGCGGAGACCCUCGCAUCUUCCUCCUCUAUAGACCCGGCCAUUACGACAUCUUGUAUAAAUAGCACUCCCAGCCACAGCCCACCUCAUCCCCCUCCUGCUGACCGCUACGGCGGUGGAUUUAAAAAAAUAACUUCAGCAGCCACGUGGAUGAAACAUACAUCUGUGUAUGAGAUUACACUCAUGUAUCUGAAAAAAAUGAAAAUAAAAGUUAAAUCACAUUACAUGCCUCCCUCCCCCCUCUCCCCAAGUUUUCUCUCAGUCAUCACAAAAUGGUUAAUAAAAAAAAAUCUUUGGAACAUAGAAGUGACUCCAGGCAUUUAGAGUUGUACAGGUUUUUCUUUUGUGGUUGUAAAUGUUAUCUACUUGCUUUAUGUUGGAUUCUUUUCCUUUGUUACACUGCGUUUCAUUGAGUUUUAUUAAAGGGAUUUACAUCUUAU